ACUUCCAACGCGUCUUCGGAUCGCGAUUGGUCCGCCGUGUCCCUGAGCGCGUUUCCUCCCCCUUGAAGCGACUACGGCGGCUCCAAGGAGGGGGAGGGGGGAGGAGGGACGGCCGGUCCCGUCAGUCAGGCAGCGGGAGCCGCCGAGAGCGGAUGGCGGCGGCGGUAGCGGCCCCACUCGCCGCCGGGGGUGAAGAGGCGGCGGCCACGACCUCCGUUCCGGGGUCUCCGGGUCUGCCCGGGAGCCGCAGUGCAGAGCGGGCCCUAGAGGAGGCCGUGGCCACCGGGACCCUGAACCUGUCCAACCGACGCUUGAAGUACUUCCCCCGGGGCGCGGCCCGCAGCUACGACCUGUCAGACAUCACCCAGGCUGACCUCUCCCGGAACCGGUUCCCCGAGGUGCCAGAGGCAGCAUGCCAGCUGGUGUCCCUGGAGGGCCUGAGCCUCUAUCACAAUUGCCUGAGAUGCCUGAACCCAGCCUUGGGGAAUCUCACGGCCCUUACCUACCUCAACCUCAGCCGAAACCAGCUGUCAUCGCUGCCACCCUACAUCUGCCAGCUGCCCCUCCGGGUGCUCAUUGUCAGCAACAACAAACUGGGAGCCCUGCCUCCCGACAUCAGCGCCUUGGGAAGCCUGCGGCAGCUUGAUGUGAGCGGCAAUGAGUUGCAGUCCCUUCCCACAGAGCUGUGUAGCCUCCCUUCCCUGCGGGACCUCAGUGUUCGGAGAAACCAGCUCAGCACCCUCCCUGAUGAGCUGGGGGAUCUUCCUCUUGUCCGCCUGGAUUUCUCCUGUAACCGUGUCUCCCGCAUCCCGGUCUCCUUCUGCCGCCUCAGGCACCUGCAGGUCAUUCUGCUGGACAGCAACCCCCUGCAAAGCCCACCUGCUCAGAUCUGCUUGAAGGGGAAGCUUCACAUCUUUAAGUACUUGUCAACAGAGGCUGGGCGGCGUGGGGGGUCGGCAUUGGGGGACCUGGCCCCUUCCCGCCCCCCGAGUUUCAGUCCCUGCCCUGCUGAGGACUUAUUUCCGGGACGUCGGUACGAUGGUGGGCUAGACUCAGGCUUCCACAGUGUUGACAGCGGCAGCAAGAGGUGGUCUGGAAAUGAGUCAACGGAUGAAUUUUCGGAGUUGUCCUUCCGAAUCUCAGAGCUGGCCCGGGAGCCUCGAGGGCCCAGGGAGCGGAGGGAGGAUGGCUCUGCUGACGGAGACCCUGAGCAGAUUGACUUCAUUGACAGCCACGUGCCUGGGGAGGACGAGGAGCGAGGUGCUGCUGAGGAGCCCCGGCCACCAGAAUUAAGCCCUGUGGCAGGGGACGGAGAGAAGGCACCAAACAGCAGGCGGGAGGAGCCUGCUGGUGAGGAGCGGCGACGCCCGGACACUUUGCAGUUAUGGCAGGAGCGGGAGCGGCGGCAGCAGCAGCAGCAGCAGCAGCAGCAGCAGCACAGCGGAGCGUGGGGGGCCCCCCGGAAGGACAGGUCCGCUGCCUGCACUGCCGACCCCACAUCUCCUUUGCUUUCCAGUUUUGUGAAGCUGGGGGUCAGGGCUGCUGGCGGAGGUCCUGCGGCCUCAUCCACUCAGGCCUCCUACAACGGCAUGCCCAAGUCCAGUGCCACCCAACUGGGAGCUUCAGGGGGGCAGGGAGCCCCCCCGGCCCCUGCCCCCACCCCUGCCUCCCAGGAGCCCCUUCCUGCAGCUGGACCAGCGACAGUGCCUGCUCCCCGGCCGCUCGGCUCCAUUCAGAGACCAAACAGCUUCCUCUUCCGUUCUUCCUCUCAGAGUGGCUCAGGCCCUUCCUCACCAGACUCUGCCGUGAGGCCUCGGCGACCCCCUCAGCUUCUGGACGAGAAGGAGCUGAUGGCACAGCUGCGCCAGGUAAUGGAGUCCCGGCUGCAGCGGCCCCUGCCUGAGGACCUGGCGGAGGCUCUGGCCAAUGGAGUCAUCCUCUGUCAGCUGGCCAACCAGCUGCGGCCCCGCUCCGUGCCCUUCAUCCAUGUUCCCUCGCCUGCUGUGCCAAAACUUAGUGCUCUCAAGUCUCGGAAAAAUGUGGAGAGUUUCUUAGAAGCCUGCCGAAAAAUGGGGGUGCCUGAGGCUGACCUGUGCUCGCCCUCGGAUCUCCUCCAGGGCACCGCCCAGGGGCUGUGGACCACCCUGGAGGCUGUGAAGCGGGUGGGGGGCAGGGCCCCCCCACCCCUCUGGCCCCCCUCUGGUCUGGGCGGCUUCAUCUUCUUCUACGUGGUCCUCAUGCUGCUGCUCUAUGUCGUCUACACUCGGCUCCUGGGUUCCUAGGACCUGAAGUCACCCUUUCCCCUGCCCCCUCCACCUAUUUCUAUUUAUAAGACUCCUGUGCAACCCCCAUCCCUACCAGUGGUGCCUUCAGCCCCUACCAAAGACACUAGUGAACCCUCUCCCCACACACACACUGACCUCAGAGGCCCCACUCUGGUGCCCCCAGACCCUGGGCCCCCAGCCUCUGGCCACCCUCCUGUAGCCCCUUCCUGUGCCCCUCACCUCUCCAUGCUGAUGGUGCCUUCAUUCCCUCCAGGCCCUGCCCUUCCCUCUGCUCCCUCAGAGGGUAGAUCUCAACCUUCUUCCUUGUGCCGUCCCCCUCCACCCCGGUCCCCCCACUGUUAUGGGGAGCUAAAUUAUCUAUAUUUUGUAGAGAGAACUCUAUAUUUGUAGGAGUUGCAGGGGCCCAGGCUGGGUCCCUGUCUCUGUGUAUAAAUUGUACAGACCGUG